AUGGAGGAGCUAAGAAGACAGCAGCAAAUGAAUAAAGACGAUGAAUCAUCUUUGCGAGAACUUCACCUGACAGUAUUGAAGUUUUGGAUCGAAAAAGUAGUGGAGGAGCUUCAUUCUAUCGAAGAAGAGCUACCCCUGGUGGACAUGAUGGCAAAGCGACAACGUGAUUUGAAUGAUAGGCCAGAACAGCCUGUCACUAUGGCACCGAAACACGAUAAAGCCGAGCCAGGUUUGAAGCCAUUUAUUCUUACACGCACCGAGAAGCAAAAAGAGGUGUUCGGGCUUGGUUAUCCAGCUAUACCCUCCAUGACUGUAGAUGAAUGGUACAACCAAAAAUUUGGCAAUAACGCAGCAUCACUGAAUAGUCAGAAACCUGGAUGCUCCGACGGUCAAGCUGGAGAUACCGGUGAGAAAGAACAUGCUGAAGAAGACGAUGACGAAUCCAGAGCCAGGAUGAUGAGAUGGGACGAGUAUAAGGACGAUCAUCGUCGCGGAUGGGGUAAUACGCACAACAAAGGAUAA